UUGGCACCAUUUGUGAAUAAAACUUAUUCAUGUGGCACCAUAUAUAACGUUCCGGCACCCACUUUCGGGUACCACAACGUUUAGCCAUGAAAAUUUCAAAAUUGGUAUCCCCUCCUUCUGUAACGAAUUCUGACAAAUUUUUUCCAGGGAGUCAUAUGGCUCAUUUAUAUCGCCUUUUAUACGGCAGGGGUUCACCCGGUUCAAUGCUAGGGGGCGCGCGACAAAAAGUUUGUACAUAAAGUAGAUAAAGUCUGUAUUAUGUGGCAUAUAGACAAUAUUUCGACGUUUAGGCACCCAAAACUUGGCAACGCCGAAUUCAUUGGUACAUGAUAUUUUUAUGCGAGAUUUUGCGCGGGCAGUGUUAGGUUAAUGGUGUUGAGGAGUGUAGGUAGACCUUUCAAAAUGAGUCAAAGGGCUAAAAAAAAUUUACUGUUGGUCGCAGGUAAGUAAAUUCUUUUAUUAUUUAGUUUAAAAAUUUUAUGAAUUUUUAUACCGGAUGUAGUUUCGUUCUAAGAUCUACAAAAAGUAAAAAAAAAAGAAAUAUUAUAUUCUAUAAUUAUUAUUUAUCUAUUAAGAAAAAAAUAUUCGAACAUUUGAUUUCAAUUGCAAUUGCAUUGUGGAAAAACUAUGAAGUUUGUAGAAGUUUUUAUUUUAUAAAUACCUUUUUACUUUAUCUAAUAUCAAUCGAUCAGUAAACCUGUAUGAUUGAAUUUCCCUAUAUGUUAACACAUUUCUAAAUUAUUGAAACAAAUUUAAAAAUAUAUCAUUCAAAAGUUAUUCAAAUACUGUUAUAAGUUAUACUUUUAUCUGUUACAACAAGCUUCCUAAGAUCAUAAAUAGUUGUCCAAACUAACUUUCUUUAACUUUUAAGAUCAAAAAAACAAAAACCCAGAGAGUGAAGUACCAGAUUUGGGCGACGCUGCAUCAAAUUCUGAUAACGAUGUACCAGAUUUAAACGAAAAAACUUCAAACCUUGAUAACGGCUCCUGCAAUUUAAAUAUUAUGACAAAUUUAAUUGCAUACGUACCUCAUCUAGCAAAUGAUGUACCAAAUGCGGAUAUAUCAAAUUUGGGAUAUUCUGCAUCAAAUUUAAACAUGUUAGAAUUGACUGAUGAAAGGGAUACUUCAAAUAAGUAUGUAUCAGAGCUAAAUAACGGUGAUUUAAAUUUAGAUUACACUUCAGAUUUAAAUAGCCAUACACCUCAUUUGGAACGUGUCGCACUAAAUAACCAAUCAAAUUGGAAUAUUGCAUCAAACCUAAAUUUUGAUUUAAGUAGCCAUGCAACUCGUUUGGAAAGCGAUGCACCAGACAUAUAUGAUUAUGCGCAAAAUUAUCAAAUUCUGUAUACAUUGAGUAAAUGACCAUUAAAGGGGCGAGAAGAUUUUUACACUGUAAACUUACAUAGCGCGCUAGAGAACAUUACCCAACCAAUCAAUUCAUUUGGUAAAAUUUUAGCUGUGGAUAGAACAGAAAACAGUGAUAAUGAAAAUGACGAUGGACAAGAUUGUAUUGAACAGGUUAGUAGGUAAUUUAUUAAUCUUAUAGAAUAAGAAUUCUGGUGAACUCGGGAAGAUUCUUCCAAGUGAUAUCAAUACUAAAAAACUUAAAACUCAAAGUGAUAAAACACGAAAAGAUAGAGACGAAGAUGCUGCAGAUGAAAACGUUGUGGUUCAUACCCAAAAUGGUGAAAAUACAUUCAAUACAUCAAACAGAAAGUCACCAGCAGGCAAUGAAAAAAAUGGACACAAAUGCUUGCAAAAAGAAAUAAACAGAACAAAUUAUAAAAAAGUAAAGGUAAAAAACAUACUUUAACGUUAUAAAGAGAAAAUUUUAAUAAAAUUUAAAAAAAAGUAGGGUAUUUCAGAGCCUAGUUUCAUUUUUUAUUUUAAUUAGGUUUUAUAAUAAAAUUUAUUUAUUAGGAAUUUGAUGUUUACUCUUUACCAUGGUUGAACAAAUAUAAAAAAACAACAUGCAAAUUCUGUGAUGCAAAUAUAGUAUCAAAACACUUUGGGCGACACCUCGAGAGAAUACAUUCCACUGAACAGGAGGUAAAGGAGUUCCUAGAAUUAGGUAAAAGAACCUCACAACGAAAAUAUUUCUGAAAAUGAAUAUGCGAUUUGCAAACAUUGUAACGCUUUUUUAACAAAAUCCUAUUUAAGCCGGCAUAUCAGAAGAUGUUUCGCAAAUCCCAAUCAAGACUCGAAAAAAUUUACUCGACAUUUGAGUGGAUCAAUUGCUUAUGCUGCUUCCAAAAAAACGUAUGGCAAAUAUUUAACCAAGAUGUCAGUAACAAAGGAAAUAUUUAGCAAAAUGAUUUCAGACGAUAUAACAAACACAGCCAUUAAUGACAUUCUGAUAGCGCACUAUGGUGAAGAUCUCUUCAAAAAAAAUAGGAGGCAGCGCAGUUUGUAUCACGUUUCUAAUAAAUUGCGAGAAUGUGCAAGAUUUUUGUUAGAAAUUAAAAAGCUCGGUGAUUAUACCUAUAUGCUUUCAACAUUAAAACCAGAAAGCUUCGAUGAUAUAGUUGAAGCAGUCAAAGCCAUAUCUCAAUACGAUGCAGAUACUAAAACGUUUGGGGCUGCUUCUUUAGCGUUGCAUUUUGGAACUACUAUUAAAAAUAUAACCGCUCUUGCUAUGAAACUACUGCUGCGGAAAAAAAUUAUAAUCCCAACAAAAAGCAGUAUUGAACAAGUUCUGAAGAAUUUAGAACGUUUUAAAACUUUGGUUGAGUUGCAAUGGACCAUCGAAGUUGGAAGUCUGGCAACCAAAAAUUUAAAUGCAUCCACCGCCUUAAAACCAAAACUAUUGCCACUAACACAAAGCGUUAUGAUUUUGCGUAAGUUUGUAGAGGAAAAAGGUCAUGAAGCAGUUGCAAAACUAGAGUUAAUAAAAAACCGGGCAGACUACAAAAUAUUAGCUGAAACAGCGCUCAUACAGACAAUUCUUCAUAAUAGGAUAUAUAUAGGUGAUAUACAAUACCUAGAUCUAAAUUCUUAUAGAGAACAAAUAGAAAACGAAGUUGAUCUGUCAACUCAAAACGAAAUGACAAUCGCUCUCUCUGAAAAUGAAAAAUUGCUAACUAGACAUUAUAAACGCAUUACUGCUAUAGGAAAGGGAAGUUGGCCUGUAACUAUUAUGUUACCGAAAAAACAUUGCAACAGUUUUAUCAAACUAUUUACAAGAUCAGAACAAAUACUCCUGAAUGGUUUGAUUCUCAAAAUACAUAUUUUUUUACAUUUCCAAAUUCAUCAAGAUGGAUAGAUGGGUGUACUGCUAUACGAAAAUACGCAAAACUGAGUGGGGUACAAAACCCCCAACUACUAACGUCUUCUAGACUCAGAAAACACAUCGCAACUGUCACACAAGUCCUUAAUUUAAGAGGAAAUGAAGUAGAUCAAUUAGCGAAAUUUAUGGGACACACCACCAAAACUCAUAAACAAUUUGAUAAAUGUUUACCAAAUUUCCAAAGUAACUAAAAUUCUUCAACUAAUGGAGCAAGGAAAAUUGAAAUUCCAUGAUAGAUGCCCCAGACGCCAAUUUAGACGCAGACAAGGAGAAUGUACCCUCAACAUCGGGCACACAAAGUUGCUUUAAUGAUGAAGAGGAAGUACAAAACUCCGACAAUUCCGAUAGCACCUAUAAGGUGUCGGAUACAGAAAUUGACUCAGAUGAGGAAAUAGCUACUGCAAAAAUUAUUUCUAUGAGAAGAAACUUUAAGAAGAAUUCUGGUUUGUCAAAAACAAUUUGUUAGAUGAUUUCAGCCUUAAAAUAUUUUUUUAUGAAAUAAUUGUGUUGUUGGCGAUAGUAAAAUAUCGGAUUCAGAUAUGGAAUUGGUGGAGGAAGUGGAGCAAAAUAAGAAAGCUGGGUGUAAGUCUAGAAAAGGAUCAAAGCUAUUCUACUUACUUUAUUAAAAAAAUCUCUUUUUAGCACAAAGACAAAGAUGGUCGGCACAACAAAAAAAAAUUAUGAAAAAACAUUUUAGGAAUGCUAUUGACAAUAAAAAAGCUCCGAGAAAGCAGGAAUGCAAAAUAUUUAUUAAAAAACAUAAUUCUUUCGAAGGUGUUAAUUGGGUUCGUGUUAAAACAUUCGUAUUUAAUACUUACAGCUAUAUUAAAAAAUAGUGUUAUUUAAUAAUAACUUUAUUUUCAUACUUAUAUGUUGUAAUGAAAUGCCUGUAUUUAAGAGUUUUAAAUACAUGUUUCUAAAAAAUAAGACCUAAAUGGAGUGAAUAUUUACUUUCCCUUUUAGCUAAAACUAAGCCUGAUUUAAAAAAGUUAACUGUAAAUAAUUUUUAUUUCAAUCGCUUUUGGCUUCAAAAUAUAACAAUUAGGAAACCUAAUAAUUUAUGUCGUCGCUAUCCUCUUAAAAAGUGUGUAAAAUAAUCACGAAAAUGAAUUCAUUCGUUUUCAAAGAUACGCUCAGCGACAGAGCGCGAAAUUGUGUAAGCUAAUACAGAAAUUAGCUUGA